GAGUGGUGCGUUUGUAAGUCGGUUCCUGGCAUGUUGAGAGGGUAGAUUGCUUAGCCGCGUGUGUGCCUGUCCCGGCAGCAGAGGCACGCUGGUGCUACGGAGCUCAGCUCGGCUCAGCCUCCUCUCUUCGGCACAGCAGCACUCUUAACUACAAGAGGAAAGGGAAAGGUCAUGCAUUCUGCUGGAGGCUUGGAUCCCAACAGUCGCUUUUAUUCUUUAAAGAGAAAUGAUGAAGAGGCUGUGGUGGACAGAGGUGGAACCCGGUCCAUGCUGAAAACCAACUUUGAAAAGGAGGAACUCGAAGGUCACAGGACACUCUACAUCGGGGUACAUGUCCCCCUGGGAAGGAAGAGCCAUCGGAGGCAUCGGCAUCAUGGACAUAGACACAGGAAGAGGAGCAGGGAGCGGGACUCUGGAGUGGAGGAUGGAAGAGAGUCUCCCACAUACAACACGCCAUCCCAGAGAGUGCAGUUCCUCCUGGGCACAGAGGAUGACGACGAGGAGCACAUCCCCCAUGACCUCUUCACUGAGCUGGACGAGAUCUGCCUGAAAGACGGAGAGGAAGCAGAGUGGAGGGAAACCGCCAGGUGGCUGAAGUUUGAGGAGGAUGUGGAGGAUGGAGGGGAGCGCUGGAGUAAGCCCUACGUGGCCACGCUGUCCCUGCACAGCCUGUUCGAGCUGCGCAGCUGCAUCCUCAAUGGCGUCGUGCUGCUCGACAUGAGGGCCAACUCCGUGGAGGAGGUAGCAGACAUGGUGUUGGACCAGCAGGAGACCACAGGUCCACUGGGGGACGAGGUGAGGAAGAAGGUGAGAGAGACCCUCCUCAAAACGCACCAUCACCAGAACCAGAAGAAGUUGGCCAAUCGCAUCCCCAUUGUCCGCUCCUUCGCUGACAUUGGCAAGAAGCAGUCCGAGCCCCACUCCAUGGACAAGAACGGUCAGGUGAUUUCUCCCCAGACCUCUCUGCCCGUCCCCAAUGAUGGCAAAGCUGAAGUGAGCAGAGAGAACAGCGCUGUGGACUUCAGUAAGAUAGACCUCCAUUUCAUGAAGAAGAUUCCGCCGGGAGCGGAAGCGUCCAACGUGUUGGUGGGUGAGGCGGAGUUCCUAGACAAACCUGUGGUGGCGUUCGUACGUCUCUCACCUGCGGUCAUGCUCAACGGGCUGGCUGAGGUCCCCAUCGUCACCAGGUUCUUGUUCAUUCUGCUGGGGCCUCUUGGGAAAGGGCCACAGUACCAUGAGAUUGGCCGAUCCAUUGCAACUCUCAUGACAGACGAGGUUUUCCAUGAUGUCGCCUACAAAGCGAAGGACCGCACUGAUCUGAUUGCUGGAAUCGAUGAGUUCCUUGACCAAGUGACUGUCCUGCCACCGGGGGAGUGGGAUCCCUCUAUAAGAAUAGAGCCACCAAAAAACGUACCGUCUCAAGAGAAGAGGAGGAGUGCAGCGCAGUGCGGCACAGACCCAGGGGAUGAAGAGGAGGAGGACGAGGGACAUGGGGGUCCGGAGCUGCAGCGGACAGGACGAUUCUGUGGUGGUCUCCUGUUGGACAUCAAACGCAAGGCGCCGCACUACCUGUCUGACUACACAGACGCUCUCAGCCUGCAGUGCUUGGCCUCCUUCCUCUUCCUGUACUGUGCAUGCAUGUCGCCUGUCAUCACGUUCGGGGGCCUACUCGGAGAGGCAACAGAAGGACGCAUAAGUGCAAUCGAAUCGCUUUUUGGCGCCUCAAUGACGGGAAUAGCCUAUUCCCUGUUUGCUGGCCAGCCACUCACCAUUUUGGGCAGCACAGGGCCUGUACUGGUGUUUGAGAAGAUAUUGUACAAAUUCUGCAAGGAGUAUGGUUUAUCCUACCUCUCACUGAGAACCUGUAUAGGGCUGUGGACAGCGUUCCUCUGCCUGGUCCUAGUGGCCACAGAUGCCAGCUCCCUGGUCUGUUACAUCACCCGCUUCACAGAGGAGGCCUUCGCCUCGCUCAUCUGCAUCAUCUUCAUCUACGAGGCCUUGGAGAAGCUCAUCCACCUGGGGGAACACUACCCCAUCAACAUGAACAACAACCUGGACAAACUCACACAGUACUCGUGUUCUUGUGUUGAACCUCCGGAUCCAAGCAAUGCCACCAUACAGUACUGGGAGCAGAACAACGUCACUGCUUCUGAGGUCUACUGGGAGGCACUCGAGGUUAAGGACUGCAUGGAGAAAAGAGGAGAGUUUGUGGGCAGUGCCUGUGGCCCUCACGGACCCUAUAUUCCAGAUGUUCUCUUCUGGUCCGUGGUUCUCUUCUUCUCCACUGUCUUCAUGUCAGCGUUCCUAAAGGAGUUCAAGUUCAGCCGUUACUUCCCCACCAAGUUGAGAGCCGUCAUCAGUGACUUUGCUGUGUUCAUCACCAUCUUUACCAUGGUCCUGGUGGACUAUGCCUUAGGGGUCCCAUCUCCAAAACUAAAAGUCCCCAGUGUGUUCAAGCCGACCAGAGAUGACCGUGGUUGGUUGAUCAGCCCGUUAGGCGGCAACCCUUGGUGGACCACCAUCGUGACAGUGAUCCCUGCUCUGCUCUGCACCAUCCUCAUCUUCAUGGACCAGCAGAUCACCGCGGUCAUCAUCAACAGGAAGGAGCACAAACUAAAGAAAGGCUGCGGGUACCAUUUGGACUUGUUCGUGGUGGGUGUCAUGCUGGGGGUAUGUUCCAUCAUGGGUUUGCCCUGGUUCGUGGCUGCCACCGUUCUCUCCAUCUCCCACGUCAACAGUCUGAAGCUGGAGUCGGAGUGCUCGGCCCCCGGGGAACAACCCAAGUUCCUGGGCAUCCGCGAGCAGCGCUUCACUGGCCUCAUGAUCUUCCUACUCAUGGGCUGCUCGGUGUUCAUGACCUCUGUGCUCAAGUACAUUCCCAUGCCUGUGUUGUAUGGAGUAUUCCUAUACAUGGGAGCAUCUUCGCUCAGAGGAAUACAGUUGUUUGACCGUCUGAAGCUGUUUGGCAUGCCAGCCAAGCACCAGCCUGACUUCAUCUACCUGAGACACGUUCCCCUGCGGAAGGUCCAUCUCUUCACCAUCAUCCAGCUCAGCUGCCUGGUCAUGCUCUGGGUCAUCAAGACCUCCAAUUAUGCCAUCGUCUUCCCCAUGAUGGUGUUGGCGCUGGUGUUCAUUCGGAAAUUGAUGGAUUGCUUCUUCACCAAGAGAGAGAUGAGCUGGCUGGAUGAUCUAAUGCCAGAGAGUAAGAAGAAGAAACUGGAGGAUGCUGAAGAAGAGGAGGAGGAGCAAAGUAUUUUGGGAGAGGAAGAUGGAGUAGUGCAGGUGCCGUUAGAAGGAUAUCAAAAGAGUGAAUCUGCACUCAACAUCACUGAUGAAAUGUCCAGAGGCUCUUUUGGAAACACGUGGAAUGUCAACUCUGACAACUCUAAAAAAGAGCUAGACUCAAAAAGUUCCCUCAUAUCCUCAUAGAUGCUGAAUCCCCCAAAGCUUAUCCAAGAACAGUGGUAGGAAAGAAAAGAAGAGAAGAAAGAUGAGGAAGGGCUGCUUCGACAGGGAGUCAAGUUUAUGACGUUUCC